AGCGCUUCCGCAGAUACCGAAAAGCUCUUUCCGUGUUGAAGUUCUGCACAGGUUGAUUCUAGGUUUUUGUGCGACGAGUGAGGUCUCCUUGCCGCACCUAGUUUUGCUGACACCAAGGGACUUGAUAGAGCUUGCGGUCUUUCUGAGUUCGGCGUUGAAUCGACGUCACGCAGCGAGUAAAACUAGCGGAGGAGGUGGGGGUCAUGUGAGUGAUUAUGUUGAGUUGACUUUGUUCUCUGGAUCGUACUAGCAUGUAAACUCCUAGGAUGGGUAGAAGUACUCACAAGUAAAUAUUUAUUACUCACCUCCUCCGAAAUACUGAUCUUAGAAAGUCCUAGGUUCAUCUUAUUGCUCACCUUUACUCUAACAUUCCCACGAUGACCCCCUGGCUAAUCCGAGUGC